AAUCUAUUGGCACUUCGCAUGGUCAAAAAGCCAAAAGAGAGGGAGGUGCUCUUCAACGUGCACGGUGACUGCGCCGAGCCCGGAACGGAGCAUCAAAUAAAGUAUAUUUUCAAAGAGAGCAGGAAAAUGAUUGAAGCGCGAGUACAAACUCAUUGUCUCUUCUUCUAUGGUGACCCCAGUUGUCGCCGCUGCAUGCUCCUUCCCAACGCAUCCACCAAAACUCUACUCGUCUCCCGCGAGCUCCCGCCCCCGACCAUGGCCGGCGAGGUUCGGAGGGGAAGGAGGAAGAAUUGGGCUCUGAGGCGGCAAACAUCAACGUCUACGUUGCUGCCCUCCUCCUCCGCAUCAUCUUCUUUUUCUCGUGGCGAGGAUAAUGUCAGAUCUUAUGUUUCUGCUGCCGCCAAAUCGGCUUCGUUCACAUCCCCAUCGUCGUCUCCACCGCAGGGCAAUGAUGGGAAAAGAAAGGGCCCUGAUCUUGUGAUACUCUUGAGAAGAUUGUGGAAGGUGGCUGCUCCGUAUUGGUUCUCGGAUGAUAAAGUCCAAGCUCGAUUGCAGUUGGCUUCUGUCUUUGCUUUGACCCUGGCAACCACUGGGAUCAGUGUUGGAUUCAAUUUCCUUGGCCGUGACUUCUAUAAUUCUCUUGCCAACAAAGACCAAGCACAAUUUAUGAAGCAACUCUUGUACUACCUCUGUGCCUUUGCUGGAGGAAUCCCGGUUUUUGUGUUGAGAGAUUAUGCCAGACAAACUCUUUCUUUGAGAUGGAGGUCUUGGAUGACACGCUAUUACAUGGAACGCUAUCUAUCGAACCGAACUUUUUACAAAAUUCAAUCCCUCUCAGUAAUUGAUAAUCCAGAUCAGCGGAUUGUUGAUGAUCUAAAUUCCUUCACAGGAACAUCACUUUUAUUCUCUUUGACGCUCUUUACUGCUGUGGUAGACUUGAUAUCAUUUAGCAAUAUCUUGUAUGGUAUCUAUCCACCACUGUUUGUUGUACUUAUUUUGUAUUCAAUUGGUGGAACAGCUAUUAGUUUCUACAUUGGAAAGGAACUGGUGACUUUAAAUUUCUUGCAAGAGAAAAAAGAAGCAGAUUUUCGUUAUGGACUCGUACGGGUUCGAGAAAAUGCAGAAUCUAUUGCUUUCUAUGGUGGUGAGGAAAAUGAAAUGCAACUUCUGCUGCAGCUCUUCAGAAGCGCUUUUGAAAAUUUAACCAGAUUAUUGAUAUCUACAAGGAAUUUAGAUUUCUUCACUCGUGGCUACCGAUACUUCAUUCAGAUUCUUCCUGCGGCAGUUGUUGCUCCAAUGUAUUUUUUAGGGAAAAUUGAGUUUGGUGUCAUAAAUCAAUCUGUAUCCGCUUUCAAUCACAUCCUCGAAGAUUUCUCACUCAUUGUGUUUCAAUUUGAGGCAAUUAGUGCCUUUUCGGCAGUCAUUGAACGACUAGGUGAAUUCGAUGAUAUUUUAAGUAGUAGUGGCUCUAAAUGUCCCUCGACUUCCUUGGAAGAGAUUCAUAUUGCAUAUUGUGAUGUCAAAACAACUUUUGUGGAGUUCAAUGGACCAACGCCCCUGACCAAACGUCAGAAGUUAUUGGAUAUUGAGAAUUUGACCCUGCAGACACCAGCUAGAAAAACUACUCUUAUCCAUGAUUUAUCAUUUGAGAUCAACGAAAAGGAUCAUUUGCUGAUAACAGGACCCAAUGGGAGUGGUAAAACUUCAUUGCUAAGAGCUAUGGCUGGCCUCUGGAGUACUGGAAGAGGAAAAAUCACAUUCUAUCAGAGAAAUGCAGGUUCCCAACACCUUGGUUUUUUGGAUGUGGCUCCUUCACAUGAUUUAUGUGUUGAGCUAGAAAGGCCCACUCAUAAGAAUGUCGGAGGGAUAGUUUUCCUUCCUCAAAGACCUUAUAUGGUUUUGGGUACGCUUCGCCAACAACUACUUUAUCCCAUGUGGGCAGACGUUGCAAUUCCCAUGCCAGAUGGUACUACACAGGCUGGUUCACUACCGUUCUUGAUGCGGGAAAGAAAGUCAGAAACUUCAAGUAAAAAGCCUACAGUGCCCACAACAGAAGAUCUGUUACGUGUUUUAGAGGAUGUUCGACUUGGCUACAUACUGCCUCGUUUUAAUAGUCUGGAUUGUAUUUAUGAGUGGUCUAGUGUUCUUUCCCUUGGUGAGCAGCAACGUCUUGCUUUUGCUCGUCUGUUGCUUUCAAAACCAAAUCUGGCCCUUUUAGAUGAAUCCACCAGUGCUGUGGAUGAAGUCAAUGAGGCUCAUUUGUACCAGCUGAUUGAAGCUGCGGGGAUAACAUAUAUUAGCGUUGGUCAUCGUCGAACCCUUAUUGAUUACCACAACAGAAUUUUACAUAUAUCCACAGCAGAUCCUGACAGUGAUCAGCGUAACUGGGCCAUUGAGCCUAUUGAUGAAGAGGCAUCUGUAAUUUGACGAAGCUAGUCUUGAGAACAAAACAGCUCAAAGCCUGAGACCUCUUUAGGCGGGGGAGACGAGGCACGUUGACAUAUAGCAAGUGUAAUUAUGGGAAAAUGUAAAUACACAAGCCUAAUCUCCCUCAUAGGUUCCUUAAUGCCCUCUUUAGUGCCACCAUGUUCUGUUGGCAGAACAUUUUCAUAUUUAUUGAUGCUCAUUUAUAAUUCAUUUCUAUUUGUGUUUCUACAUAUUAACAUUUACUCAGUCCUUUCACGUUCUCGCUAAUUAGUAAUUGCUUUUAUAGAAUCUAUCGCUUAUUUAAACCCUGAA